AUGCCGUUGCUGGUGGGACUCCUUGAUGCAUCUGCAGCCCGAAGAAGCUUGGAACUUGCCAUUCCACUCCAUGAAGAAGGUGUGGACGGUGCCACAAACGGGCACAUUGAUUUGGACGAGUUGGUCGCCAAGAGAAAUGCGGGUGGUGGCUUAUUCGAUUCCAUAGCAAACAUGGCCAAUUCGAUUCUUGGGGCAGGUCUGCCGUAUGCCAUGAGACAAGCAGGUUUAGUUACCGGCAUCGUACUUCUCAUUGUACUAUGCGCGGUGACGGACUGGACGAUCCGCUUGAUUGUCAUUAACGCGAAGAUGAGUGGUGCAAAUUCGUACAUUGACAUAAUGAAUCGCUGCUUUGGCUCAAGCGGUCGUGCCGCAGUGUCAUUCUUCCAGUUCGCAUUUGCAUUCGGCGGAAUGUGCGCGUUUGGCAUCAUUAUUGGUGACACUAUACCUCACGUCAUACGAUCAAUAUUCCCAUCGUUACACACUGUCCCUGUCCUGUCACUAUUGACAAAGCGGCAAUUCAUUAUUGCACUCUGCACACUCGGCGUCUCCUACCCCCUGUCCCUCUACCGAGAUAUUCACAAACUCGCUCGGGCGUCCGGCCUCGCACUUGUCGGGAUGAUCGUUAUCGUGUCUUCUGUCAUGAUCAAGGCGCCCUCUGUUGCCCCGGCCUUGAAAGGAGACCCCGAUAAACGGUUCUCAGUCAUUGGGCCGGGGAUAUUUCAAGCAGUCGGCGUCAUCAGCUUUGCAUUCGUCUGCCAUCAUAAUUCCCUUCUGAUCUAUGGAAGUCUGCGGACGCCGACACUAGACCGCUUCGCACUGGUGACCCACAUCUCGACUAUAAUAUCCUUGGUCUGCUGUUGCACGCUGGCUAUAUCUGCAUAUAUACAAUUCACCGACAAGACCCAGGGCAACAUUCUGAACAAUUUUUCUGGGAAUGACACUCUAAUCAACCUAGCCCGAUUUUGCUUCGGGCUCAAUAUGUUUACAACUCUGCCCUUAGAGUUAUUUGUCUGUAGAGAGACAAUUGAACAGUAUUUCUUCUCACACGAGCCGUUCAACCUUCAACGCCACGUCCUCUUCACGACUAGUAUCAUUGUGGCGUCGAUGUUCAUUGCGCUGAUCACUUGCGACCUUGGUGUCAUGCUGGAGAUCACUGGGGGGGUUUCAGCUACCGCACUUGCAUAUAUCUUCCCAGCUGCCUGUUAUAUGAAGCUAAGCGACCCGCUGGUUCCCUGGUAUUCUCGUAAGAAGCUCCCAGCGGCUGUUUGCGCAGCAUUUGGCGGCACCGUGCUUUGUAUCUCAUUGUUCCUGGCCCUUGGCAAAGCCUGGACGCCAGAAGGGGACGCAAAAAUCUGCAUGAUGUAG